AUGAGAAGGACCUGUGGAAGAUACCGAAGAUUGCACGGUAGUAGGGGAGUUUUUAACCGAAGUCUUGAUAUUUUGUCGACGAAUUCCGAACAAACAGACCCAGGCGCGCGGCUAGUUGAUGGUGAAAUGCUUUUUACUUUACCCAAUGUAUUGUCGACGUCGACUCGUAACCCGCACGGCGUGAAAGAUAAUUAUAUCCCAACAAUAACUGAACAAAACCCGCAAUAUUUGGUUUUUGGAUUUGAAGGUAUUCAUUUGCUACAAACGUUGAUGAGAACAUUUCCCUUUUUAUUCAAUAGAAUUUCAGGAAAUUGUCGAAACCUUUUGUUGCCGCUUCGCUCACUUUUAAUAGGUAAGCCUUUGCUUUGCAGGGGGGGAGGCCACAACGGUUAUCAUCAUACUGUACAGUUAUCUUACCUCAAAUCAAUAUUUUUCCAAAGUACAACUGAAAUUAGGCCGUAUCUUUCAUCUGACUUUGAAGGGGGGAAGAUGUCACAGUGCGACACACACUGGACGCUCUGUGCCCUCGUUUCCGCUAAGUGA